AUGUCCGACAUCGCAAGGUUCACAGGCAAAUUUCGAGCUCGUACAAAUCCUAAUCCCUCCCAAAAGGCCUCGACUGCGAAAGUAACAAAGUCGCAGAGAGCAUCGCUAGUGUGCGAGCAAUGCAGAAAGUCUAAGCUUCGAUGUGAUCGGGGACAGCCAUGCAGUAGCUGCAUUAGGAGACAUGAAUCAGACGCUUGUUCUUAUCGACAGAGGUUGGGGCCAACGGUUAAUAGUGGCGACCACAGCACCAUUGAGAGCAGGCUGACACACCUGGAAUCUUUGCUCAAUGCAUUGAUGCGUAACAAGGAAUUGCCAUCAGAACACGAGGUGGUGCCUCCUGAUUUGUCCCGCUGCUCAGUAGAUGCUGCUACUAUUCAGUUUCAGGGUGACUCAAUUGAUGAUACCGCAUAUGUCGGUUCUACACAUUGGUCAGCUAUUCUGGACGACAUUCACGAGCUGCAGGUGGCCCUGAGUGGCUCUAUUGAUAGCCAGGGAGUUAAUAAGCUUGCUACACCGGGGGCUCCUACCUUGGGUACUGAAUUGAUAUUUGGAUCAGCACAUAUUUACUCUUUGCAACAAGUCAUGUCUCGAUAUCUUCCAUCGAAACUAGAUAUCGAUCGAUACCUCUCUUUGUACUUUCAAGGCGAGACUUUCGUAAUCCCAUUCAUCCACACCUACCAUUUCCAGCGCCAAUAUAGAGGAUUUUGGGCCGAUCCAACCAAAGUCGAUCCUCUUUGGCUUUCGAUAUUAUUUUCUAUAUGCUGUCUGUCAUCCCUUACUAGGGAAACGGCUGGCCCAGGUCGCCCACUACAAAGGGACACACUCCCCGAGAGUCCUAAGUUCCACACGGCUGCUGGACAAUGUCUUGUCAUAGGGGAAUAUCACCGACCGCAAAAACUUGCAAUUGAGGCGCUCGCUGUCUAUGCUCAGUGCAAGAAUCUUACAACUUUGGAUCCUUCCCGAGAAGCCGGGAUGAUUCUGGGAAUGGUUGUCCGUAUGGCGUAUGAAUUGGGCUACCACCGCGAUCCAGAUUCCUUCGGCUCUCUGAGUGUUUUCGAAGGCGAAAUGCGCAGGAGAUUCUGGGCUGCGUGUAAGCAUAUGGAUAUCAUGAUCAGUUUCCAGCAGGGCCUACCGAGUAACAUUUGUCUCGAGAGUUGCGACACGAAGUCCCCAAGAAACCUCUUAGACUCAGACUUUGACGUGGACACGCAGGUCUUGCCUGAGUCUCGACCCGAGACUGAGCCUACAAAGUUGCUAUGGUUCAUUGUUAAGGAUAGACAAAUUACGAGCUUCAGCAAAGUCUGUAAAUACAUGCUAUCUUUUAAGGAGCAUUCUGAAGCUGAUCUACAUCGGCUGGACGAAGAAAUCCGACAAACGUACGCAACGAUUCCCGAUAUCUUGCGAACUCGUCCUCUCUCAGAAUCUAUUGCGGACCCUCCCUUUCUCAUAAUUACCAGGCUAUAUAUUGAAUUUAUUUGCUUGAAAAAUCUCUGUGUUCUGCAUCGCGGAUACAUGGUCCAGGGUAAUGUUAAUAGUACUAAGGCCUGCGUUGAAGCCGCGAAGCGCCUUGUCAGUCAAUUUAUCAAUAUGUACAAGGAGUUUUCACCUGGCGGUCAACUACACACGGAGCAAUGGAUGCUGACAAAUUUCACGAUGAACGACUUUUUGUUGGGCGUCAUGGUGCUCUGUCUGGUGAUACAUAUCCAUCGCAAACAAGCCUCCUGGACCGGUACUAUCGAUUCUGCCAUACAAAAAGAAGUGCUUUCUCUUCUCGAACAGUCUUACGAGGUUUGUGUAGAGAAUUCCCAGGCCAGCAGAGAUGCACGACGGGUGUCUCAUGCCUUACAUCUGAUUCUAAAUAGCGCUAAGACGUCCAGGGCACCCGAAUUGCAACCUGCAAACGGUGCCACAUCGGGUACAAACUCAGCGUUACUGGCUACGCAGACUGAGAGUACUAUUGGCCAGACAAAUUUAGCUCCUUUUGAUGUGUUUGAUCCGUUUAAUAUCAUGGGCAUGGACUUUGAAAACAUUGACUGGGAUGCUUUCGUCCCCCAAUUGUCCAUCUAA